GUGGUAAGUGUAAUAGGCUUCCCUCACAGCGAAAACAGGGUCCAUUGUUUACUCAGCUGUAUUGCAUGUCAGAGCAGAGAGGUUUCCAGACUACAUAUGGCACUUAGUUUUGUCUUCGUUGCCUUCUUGGCAACAGCUGUAAGUGAUGUGAGAGCUGCACAGUGCGCAUGCGCUACCGGAGAUGUUUAUGUUUGCUCCGGUGUGGGAACGAGGCAUUCGAUACUUGGCGUCUUGAGAGUCUGGCGCUGCACCCCCUUUGAAGGCGACCGGAGGUAUGGUUGGGUUCGUGUCAACUUCAACGGCAGGAACGGGUGGAUUUCGGGACGCUACGUGAACAUUCGGACUUGUUCGGGUAGCUCCGGCACAUCGGGUAGCACCGGCUCUGUCUGUCCCCGCAUCAUCAGCAGGUCCGAGUGGGGCGCUAGACCCCCACGGUCUACUAGCAAUCUUGACGGGCCUGUGGAAUACGCCUUCAUCCAUCAUGGAGGCAAUGGAGCCUGUUCCAGUCAGAGCUCUUGCUCCGCCAUUGUCAGGAGCUAUCAGAAUUACCAUAUGGACACACACGGCUGGAGCGACAUCGGCUACAGCUUCCUCAUAGGCGAGGACGGCAACGUCUACGAGGGUCGUGGCUGGGACAGGACAGGGGCUCACACCCGGGGCUACAACAGUGUUGGUCUGGGUUUCUGUUUCAUCGGUAACUUCAUGACGCGUGCCCCAAACAGUGCGGCUAUCAACACUGCCAAGGCCCUUAUUGCUUGCGGCGUCAGCAUGGGCAAGAUUCGGUCCAACUACAUCCUCAGAGGCCACCGCGACAUGGGCAGGACUGACUGUCCCGGGACAGCUCUGUACAACAUCAUCAGAACAUGGCUGCGCUAUUGAAAUGUCCAUUUCACAAGACAUAUAUUAAUGGUAUGUCAUUUUGAAUAAAUUUGAUGAUAGACUGAAUUUCAUUAGUUUUGCAAACUAUAGUGAUCAUUGUAGGAACACUCACCAAAUACAGGGAAGUUACUCAACGUUUAAGCAUUACCGUUUGUGUCUAGAAUUAAAAUAAAAUUUAUUUUGUU